CCCGGGCCCGUGUUUGGGUGGAGGACUCCUCGAUCGAAGCCGCCCAGGCUCCACAAGCAUCCAAGCUCUAAGCUGCUCGGUCCCAACAUGCACAUGCUAAUUUUCAACUCUUACCUGAAGCGCUAUGCGCCUGUCAAUAACACCAUAUGGGAAGACCUGGAACCCAACGAGGCAGAGCCCAAGGCACGAGCCCAGGAGGCAAAGGCGGCACCUCCUGAUGCAGAGAUGGAGGCAGCUCCACCUCCAGAGCUCCUGCCACCUCCAGCAGCCUCUCCAGCUGCAGCUGUCAAGCCAGGGCCGGCCCCAGACGAAACUGAGGAAACUGAGGCCCCACCACCGCUGGAUGAAGAACCCUCCCUGGAGCCCAUGCUGGUUCCUGCCUCAGAGGAGGAGCUGCCUGUGGGGGGCCCAGCUCAAGGGCCCCUUGUUGAAUGUGCUCACCUUGUCUUAAGGGCAAAACUUGUUUCACCCUUACUCUUUGAAAUUUUCCUUUUCUGUUUUUAUUUUGUUGUUUAUUUGUUCUCCACGGAGUGAAUCAAUUCUUCAUCUUUUGAUUUUUAUUAUUUCAGGGUUUUGGGGAGUUUUUGCUUUUAUUAUUUUCUUCUGUUUUUAACUUUCAUUUCUUCAUUGU